CGAAAGAAGAAGAACGAAUACAACGUGCACCGCAAAAUAUUUAUUUAAAAAUUAAUUGUAUUUACUCAAAUUCCUCUUAUCUUUAAAAUAAUUAUAAGCACAAAAAUGAAAUUAAGCACCUACAACUUCCUGACCUCCAUGGCCAUCAAGGGCGUUAAAGUGGGAUUUCCCCUAAAGCUGACGAUAAGCAAAAAGGAAGUAGUAGAAAGUGAGUUCAACCCUGUAUUUGUGGAGCGAAUGUUACCUAAACUGGACUGGUCAGCGGUUUACGGAGCAGCACAAGUGGCGGAACUUACAGAUGACAUUCCCGCCGUGCAGCCGGAAAAUAUUGGCGAGAACGAGCUGCUCCUGCAGAGGCUUCAUCACCUACUGUUCGAGAUCGAUGUGCUUGAAGGCCAAUUAGAGUGCCCGGAAACAGGACGGAUCUUUCCAAUCACCGAUGGCAUACCCAACAUGCUUCUCAACGAGGACGAGGUCUAGAUCCAUUAAUUUACAUUUUUCUGUACCAUAAUCCCCGCAUUAUUACUAAGUCUCAGGGGUAUGUGUACAGUACCCUGAUCACCUCCAGCCUGCUGAUCUUGAUUCAGUUCCGGAGGACGAUUGUUCGGUCUGUGUGGCUGCUGCAUCUCC